GACAGGGAACGCGAGUCGCUCGGGACUCUGGCGGCUGGUCAGUGUUGCGCUCCGACCCCCUCCCAGCCAUGGAGGCGGUGCCCCGCGCCCGCGGCCCAUCGCAGCAACCCGAGGGCCCCAGCUUUCGGCGCGUGGCUGUCCGCCGGAGAUCUGACGGCUCCUACCUGCCGUCCGGGGCGCCCCGGCCCUGGACACGGCCCCCUGCAAUCGCGGGCCGCCUCCCAGCCUCAGGGGCCCCCGGCGCCGCCGACGGAGCAGGUGGCAGCACCUGCCCCAGGAUCGUGGUGGACCCCCCCUGCUGGAGGCGGAGCGACACCCCUCUGUUGGAACAGAAUGUGCCAGAAGGCCAGGCUCAGGGACUAAAUGGAAAGCCUCCUGCCAAACACUCAGCUGCCAGAGCAAAGCCAAAAGUGCCUCCCAAGCCAGUCCACCUGCAGAGCCAAACCCCACCUGCCUGCAGACCUGCAGCCGCCAUGGAGGACAUGAGGCCCAGGCCGGCCCCCUGCCCCAUGCAGGACAAGCCCAGCAAGGUGUCCGACCUCAUCAGCCGCUUCGAAGGAGGCAGCUCCUUGUCCGGUUUCAGUGAUGUGAAGAGAGAGCCUGCCAUGCCCACGCAUGCCCCCAGGACCCCGGGGAGGCAUGGUCCCCCUGGCCUUCAGCCCAGGGCCCCCUGCCAGCCCCAGCCUGUGAAUCAGGGGCCUGGAGGUGCCCCUCUGUGCAUGGCCAAUGGCCUGCCCACCACCCCAGAGGAAGACCUCCCCACUGGCACACCCAGCCCCGGGACUCCCGAUCAGACUCCAGAGCCCCCUGCUGGCACGUGUUUGGUGAACGGAGAGCACGGGGAGACAGAGACCCCUGGGGGCACCCAGCAGGGUGACCCAGAGGCUGCAGGCAGCCUGGGGGCCCCAAGGCCUGGCCUCGAGCUGCUCCCUGAGGACGCCAGGGUGGACUCUGAGCUGGGGGGGGCCCUCAAGGCAGGAGUAGAGCUCCCUGCUGAGCAGACGGAGGAGCCGGAAGAGCCAGGACAGAUGGACCGGUCAGGACAGACAGACCAACCAGGACAGACGGAGGAGCUGGACCAACCUAGGCAGCUGGAGCAGACAGAAGAGCCAAUGUCGGCCCCUGAGCCCAAGGAGACAAACGAGCAGAAACUCCAUAAGAUUGCCAAUGAGCUUCUGCUCACGGAGCGAGCAUAUGUCAGCCGGCUGGACCUCUUGGACCAGGUCUUUUACUGCAGACUGCUGGAAGAAGCAAACCGAGGCUCAUUCUCAGCAGAGAUGGUGAAUAAAAUCUUCUCUAACAUCUCAUCCAUCCACGCCUUCCACAGUAAAUUCCUCCUGCCAGAGCUGGAAAAGAGGAUGCAGGAGUGGGACAGAAGCCCACGGAUCGGGGACAUCUUGCAGAAGCUGGCGCCCUUCCUGAAGAUGUACGGGGAGUACGUGAAGGGCUUCGACCAGGCCGUGGAGCUGGUGAAGAGCAUGACGGAGCGCGUGCCCCAGUUCAAGGCGGUGGUGGAGGAGAUCCAGAAGCAGAAGGUGUGCGGAAGCCUGAGCCUGCAGCACCACAUGCUGGAGCCGGUGCAGCGCCUACCGCGCUACGAGAUGCUGCUCAAGGACUAUCUGCGCAAGCUGCCGCCCCAGGCCGCUGACCGAGAAGACGCUAGAAAGUCUCUGGAGAUCAUCUCCACAGCAGCCAGCCACUCCAACAGCGCCAUACGGAAGAUGGACAACCUAAAGAAGCUUCUAGAGAUCUAUGAAAUGUUGGGGGAGGAAGAAGAUAUCGUCAACCCUUCCAGUGAGCUCAUCAAAGAAGGGCAGAUCCUCAAGCUGGCAGCCCGGAACACAUCAGCCCAGGAGCGGUACCUGUUCCUGUUCAAUGACAUGCUACUGUACUGCGUGCCCAGGUUCAGCCUGGUGGGCUCCCGCUUCACGGUGCGCACGCGAGUGGGCGUGGAAGGCAUGAAGAUCCUGGAGACACACAAUGAGGGCUACCCCCACACCUUCCAAGUGUCGGGCAAGGAGCGCACACUAGAGCUGCAGGCCAGUUCUGAGCAAGACAAAGAAGAGUGGAUCAAGGCACUUCAGGACACCAUCGACGCCUUCCACCAGAGGCACGAGACCUUCCGCAACGCCAUUGCCAAGGACAGUGACAUACACGCCGAGGCUCCUCUGCCUGUGCCCUGCCUGGCCACAGCAGAGCUGGGGAAGCGGGCCCCCCGCUGGAUCAGGGACAACGAGGUCACCAUGUGCAUGAAGUGCAAGGAGCCUUUCAAUGCACUUACACGGCGGCGCCACCACUGCCGGGCCUGUGGACACGUGGUCUGCUGGCGGUGCUCAGACUACAAGGCGCAGCUGGAGUACGAUGGUGGCAAGCUGAACAAGGUCUGCCGGGAUUGCUUCCAGAGCAUCAGUGGGGUCACCGACAGCGAGGAGAAGAAGCGCAGAGGCAUCCUGGAGGUCAGCCGCCCCCCCCCCCACGAGGGCCUGACUUGGCCUGCUCCCAAGCCUGCAGAGAACAGAGAUCGAGGCAGCGGAGGUCUCUGGCAACAGUGUGGUAUGCAGCUUCCUCCUGUACAUGGAGAAGUCCAAGCCCUGGCAGAGGGCCUGGUGUGUGAUCCCCAAGCAAGACCCCCUGGUGCUCUACCUGUAUGGCGCGCCCCAGGACGUGCGCGCCCAGGCCACCAUCCCGCUGCUGGGCUACGUGGUGGAGCCGCUCCCGCGCAGCGCCGACCUACCGCACAGCUUCAAGCUCAGCCAGUCCAAGUCCCUGCACAGCUUUGCCGCAGACAGCGAGGAGCUCAAACAGAGGUGGCUGCGGGUCAUCGACCUGGCUGUCCGAGGGGAGACACCCGAGGACUCCGGAGAGCCCCCUACCCCUGGCCCCGGGGACUCCCUGGCUGGUUCCCGGAGGAGCUUGGAGUGCUGAGCUCAACCUCCGGGAUCCACUCACCUCUUAGCACUUUACAUGGGAGCAGAAGGCUGUCCCCUCACCAGCCGGCCGCCCUGCUUGCCGCUGCCUGUGAGUAAUGUGAAAGGGCCCCGCCUACUGCUCUGCCCUGCCCUGCCCUGUCCAGCCCUGCCUGCGGGGGACUUUUUCUCGGAGGAAUCUGUCAGGUCAGAGUUGGCGCUUAGUUGCCAGAGGCCCCUGUGCGAGUGCGUGCACACGCCACACAUACCUCCACGUUGCCAAAACAGACCCAAGGGGAAGAGAAGUACAGCUACCCUUCAAGCUAUCCGUCCGUGACCCUCUUAACUUAUUUCAGUUGAUGGCACCCCAGCUGCAGAUACGUGCACAGAGGACAGCCCGUGGGUGCUCAGGUUUUUGACUCAUCAAAAGAAGAUAAUACUUGUUUUUGUAGAAAUGCUCAGAAUAAACUAUCUCAAGUCUAUAGCAAUUAUGUGUAUAUAGUAUUGAAUAGAAAUCUAUGAAUCUAUACAUAAUAUAUAUGUACAUAGUCCCAUGCUUUCCCCGUAGGUUCAUACUUUCCCCUAAUUUAUUUUUCAAAUGCAGAGCAUGUUGUACCUUAGGGCUGAGGAGGGCUCCUCAUUUCAUGUUUUCUGGUGAGCUGCAUCUCGCUGCUGGGCAUCUGAGGUGGCUGAUGCUUUUCUAAUAAGAGAGAUGGGUCACGGAUGGGGUGGGGGUGUGUUGGUGAAUUCCAUCGGUGUUUUCCAAGUCCUAACGUUUUGUUCUGUGCCUCCUUAAAGCAGUGCCUCUCUCCCAAGGUGCUAAUCUUCCCCACCUCAGGCGAGGAGAAGUCCAGGCUUCUGUGUCCUGCUUGUCUGAGAUGGCGCUUGCUCGUUUGGGGUAGUCACAGCCUGCAGAUCCCUGGCUCUUUCCCGGCGUGGCCAGGCCUGUCCUUGUGCACAGACCAGACCUUUCCAGUAGAAGGGACGGGGACUGCUCUCAGGCAAAGCAGCUCUCAUGGCCGCCGGGGACUGUGAGGAAGAAGCCAGGCAGAUGGAGCCCCUGUCAGCAGCAGGGCUGCUCUUCCUAUAAGUCCUGUCCUGAGCUGCCUGAGUCUAUUAGCCCAUUCUCUGCCCUGGUGCCCACCUGCAAGGAACUCACAUGCCUGCCCCUGCCCUCAGCGGCUGAGGGAGGACACGUGUAGAGCAGGGAGCAUUAUCCCUCUCCCACCUACAGGCAGGGAAGUCAGGGACAGGCUCCUGGCUUGAAGGGUAGCUGCAGCCUUUGGCCUUGUGAGCCACCAGAAAAGAGAGCAGAGAGACAAGGUGACGGCCAGGAGGGGAAACUCUGAUCACAGUGGCCACCCAGGAAUCUCUCUGCAGAGCCCACUUUGCCUCUGCAGCAGCAAAAGAUGCUCUCGGUGGGUCGUUGAGAAUAUGCUCAGCUCAACUAAAAGACAUCAAAGUCCCCCAGUCUCCAGAACCAUGUCUGUCGCAUGCUUCCUGAGACACCCAAGCAGGCCGGGCAGAGGGAACCUCAACAAGAAGAGAAGAAGAAAAAAUGUUGCAUUCCUGUUACAAAACAAAAACAACCAACAUUCCACGUGGCUCUGAAGUCUUUAUUUUUCAAAAUCUGGUGCUUUCCAAGCUUCCACUAAAGCACUGUCCUGCCCAAACCGAAGAACUUCUGGAUCACAAGCACGGAACAUUCCAGCCUUGGACACUCAGACUUUGCUCAGCAUUGCUGUGCGGCCUGAUCUUGGAGUCCCUGUGGGGUGCAGCCAUGAAAAAUGCCACCAGCCACCUUUCCAGCAAUAAAACUCUACAGGGCAGUUUUUUUUAAUACCGAGAUUUUAAUGCACUGCCCUUCACACAAAAGCAGAGAGAACUAAUGUUAGACGUGAGGUUGCCUUGCAGAUGGGUGAGUGCCAGGGAGAUGAUGCGGGAGCUUCAGUCCUGGGGUUCAAGUCUCUCUCAAGUGGAUUCUUUUGCAGAGGGAUUGGAUGGUACAGCUGCUAAGCACACAGCACGACUUUGCCAAGUGCUGUUUUCUUUUCUGGGAGGUUUGAUGUCACAGACAGGUGAGGAAAGUCAUCUUUAUUAGUUAAGUGAAGGGUCUGUAGUAAACAAGUAAAAAAAACCCAGCUUUUUAUAGGAACUAACCUUUUAAAUAUGCCCUGUCCUCAUAGAUAGUAUCAAUAAUAAUAAUAACCCAUUUGGAUUAUUAUUAUUAUUUUAAAACAAUACUUGUAGUUAAACUGCAAACUCCAGAGUAUGGCAGAGAUAGGCUCAUAGUCACAGAUGCCUUCUAACAACCUCCUCUCCGAAAUGCUUCCACAAGUUCUCAGCGCUCUCGCUUUUUCCUGUGUACUUUUGGGAAACAGGGUAUAUCCUCCCCCCCUCCCCGCACACAUACCUUUGAGUUGUAAAUCUUGUUCCUAGCUAUGGCCAAAGCCUUAAGUUCCCCCUCGGAGCCGUGUCUGUGAUGACUGAAGGUGGUCUCUGGGGCAGGGGAUAGCUGGGGCUUCUGAGAACAGGGAUCGAUCGCCUUUUCUGUCGCCUUUCCUGGGCCAGCUCAGGACAGACCAUGAGUCAUACCCUCCUGGGUCCACAUUCUUCUUGUGAGUGCUCAGGGCUGGGGUGUGGGGCUGCUAGGCUAAGACCAGUGCAGAAAGCAGGGACAUCUCCACAUUCCCAGUUUCCUGGGCCAUCGUCUUCCUGAAAAUUUCACUGGACAGGCUGUGGCUUGUCAGAGUUCCAUCCCCACUCACAUGGGCUGUGGGCCAGGCUGGGCUGCUCUUCUUCCCCCCCCCCCCCCAUCUCAGCAGGAUUCUUUCUCACUGUCACACCUGUGCCUGCUCAGGGAGGUGGGUGUUGCAUGCAGAGCCCUGACUGACUCCUGCAUCCAUGCAGAGCUGUGAAAACACUGUGGGCUCCCAGCUGCUUUUCCACAGGAGAGAAAUGUUUCUAAGCAGCUCUUCCUUUUCUUUCUUUCCUUUUCUUUUUGCCUCCAGGGUUAUUACAGGGGCUCAAUGCUGGUACUACAAAUCCACUGCUCCUGGCAACCAUCUUUUCCUUUUUAUUGGAUAGAGACAGAGAGAAAUUGAGAGGGGAGGGGGAGGUAGAGAGGGAGCAAGAAAGAAAGACACCCGCAGACCUGCUUCACCGCUGUAAAGCAACCUCCCUUCGAAGGUGGGGCGCCAAGGGCUCAAACCGGGAUCCUUGCUAUGUGCACUUAAACGGGUGCGCCACUGCCUAGCCCCAAGCAGCUCUUCCUUUUUUAACUUGAAUGUUUCCACUGUAAUUCAUGGUGAGUCAUUUACAUGGACUUGGGCCCAACUCUUUUCUUCUGUACUCCCGGAUUCCUGUGUUUGCUGAUGAGGUGGAGAGGAGCCAGCUUAGGCAUCACCAGCCAGAAGUUGACAUUUGGGCUCCUGCUCUCUCUCUCUCUUUUUUUCCCCUCUACUGUUUAAACACUGAUUUCCUCCUUGGGGCCCCUGUCCCCCACUUCCCUGGGGCAGCAGCACCCUCAGUUGCUUGCCACGACUUCUCCUUCUGCCCUAGCCCUGGCAGGAGAAGGUGUCUUUGUUGUGUGUGGAGGUGAGAGCACAUGACACAGCUCCUACAGGGAGAGUUUAGCUUGUGGGUGGGAGGAGUCCCCCUAUAGUUCAUGGUGGCCAGUCAGUGAGGCAGGAGAUAAGGAAAUCUCACUGCGGUAGACUCUUCAAAAGUGAAAAAGCAGACCAUAGAGUGAUGGGGGUGGAGAGAGGUCGGGUGGCCUGAGGGCCCAACCUGCUAUCAGUUGCUCUGUAUGUGACUCAGUGUGUGGGCUGGGGUGGUCUCACUCAGGAGGGGGUUGUGGGGAAGAGCUCCCUCUUUUAGAGACUGUGUCUGUAUAGAAAGCAUAUUUUUUUCCCUCCCAACUAGUGCUUCCUGUGAGUGACAAUGGACUGAGACUUUCGGAUAAGUGUUGUCAGAAUGUUAAAUGUGAAAAAAAGAAAAGAGAACUGUGCGCCCAGGGUCCUGUCUGUCCCCUAGCUCGGUGAACUUGAAGGCUCGCAGGCGUGUACAUCCUGUGUGACCUGUGUGUGGGGCCAAGGCGGGGCUGUGGAGAUGGGGUGCCGCUCAGCACUUUAACCCCUGGGAAACAUGGAGCAUUCGAUGUUGUAAAUAAACUUGUCCUCCAAUGA